UCUCCCCUUAGUUGCCCGGCGGAACAGCUGCCAGUACUAUUGCCAUGGAAUCCCUGGUGAAUAUGUAUCAAGACUUCAUGAAGGGAGCAGACCCCCGGAUUUCCACUUAUCCACUUAUGGGCUCACCUUGGCUAAUGACUGGUAUCUUGCUGAGCUAUGCCUACUUUGUACUGUCACUGGGGCCACGGCUUAUGGCCCCUCGGAAGCCUUUUAGCCUCAAAACGUUCAUGGUUAUUUAUAACUUUGCAAUGGUAGCACUGUCACUGUACAUAGUCUAUGAGUUUCUUAUGUCAGGCUGGUUGAAUGGUUACACCUGGAGUUGUGAUCCUGUGGACACAUCCCAGAGUCCCACAGCCCUUCGGAUGGUCCGUGUGGCCUGGAUCUUCAUCUUCUCUAAGUUCAUUGAACUGAUGGACACAAUGAUCUUUAUCCUAAGAAAGAAGAAUGAACAGGUGACCUUCCUGCAUGUGUUCCACCAUUCAGUACUACCCUGGAGCUGGUGGUGGGGUAUCAAGUUUGCUCCAGGAGGAAUGGGCUCCUUCCAUGCCAUGGUGAACUGUGUGGUGCAUGUGGUCAUGUACUUUUACUAUGCUCUCUCAGCUGCUGGGCCUGCCUUCCAAAAGUACCUGUGGUGGAAGAAGCACAUCACUGCCUUUCAGCUGCUGCAGUUCGUGCUCGUCUCCAUCCACAUCUCACAGUACUACUUCAUGCCCACCUGUGGGUACCAGUUUCCAAUCAUCAUCCACCUCAUCUGGAUUUACGGCGUUAUCUUUUUCAUCCUCUUCUCCAACUUCUGGUACCACUCGUACACCAGAGGCAAGCGUCUGCCCAAGGUCAUGACACAACCCCAGCAGAACGGCUUCCAUGAGAACGGUGCCAUUGCUAAUGGCAAAAUCAAGGCCAACUAGUGGGGUAGGAUCAAGGUGACUCGGACCAUCUGGCCCCACAACUGGGGCCUGUUAGCCAGACCAAGUGCCUACAGACUGUUGUCUUGCAAUUCCAAGCCACCUUCCCAACUGCCCUGUAUCCAUUGUUGCCUGGCCUUCAGCUGUCCCAGGGGAGAGAGGCUGCCUGAGCUGUCGGUGCUGGAUCCAGCCCAAGGUCUCCAAAGUGCCUGUGUCUGCCCUGGGCUGGGCUCCCUCCAGAGCUGGACCAAAGCAGAACCCUGCCAGAUGGGGCACCUCUAUCCAUUUAGUUCUAUGUACUCCAUAUGAUUCAGGUGGGAAACUUUAUUCCUCUACUCCCCCUGAGUUUGUGUUGCCUUUUCUUCACUCCAUCCUCUUUACCCCAUUGGUGCCCUGCCAUUCAUACUUGAAUGUGAGUGGUCCCUUGUUGCUCUGGAGUCUGAUUCCCCCAGAGAUACCUUUUCCUGUUCUGUAUGCAGGUGGGGUGCUAUAUAGGCCAAGGGUUUCAUUCCUGCUGCCUUGGCUGGCCUCAGUGUUCAUUCCUCCACGUAACUCCCAACUUUUCAUUGCUCUGAUCCCAAGACCUUAGCAAUAACUCUGGACUUUGCUCCCCAUGGGUUGAUGAUAACAGGCUCUUGCUCCACUGAGGCCCAGGGAGAAGAAAUAGGAUGCUGUUGUCCAGCUUGCAUGCUGUUGCUCCGUGUGCCUUUUUUGUUUUGUUUUUAUUUUUAUUAUUAUUAUUAUUAUUAUUAUUAUUACUAGUGGAACUGCUCCAAGGAGCAGAAUCUCCCUGUAUUCUAAACCUUGGGGAAGAUGCCUCAGGGGGAGGUGCCUUCUUCCUCAGUUUCCCACUUGUAUUCACAGAAAUAAAUGGUCAGAAAGAGAA